AUGUCCCGUUCAACAGAAGUCUUGUAUUCCAAUGACGAUUAUCUUGUACGAUAUCCCGUCCACUCGCCCAGGAAAUAUAUGGUCUCCCAACACCUUCAAGACAAGGGCCUCGAAUUCACAACCGAAUUCGUUGAGUACCCCGACAUUGAGCCCGUUUGCAAAGAAUUGGGCGUUAAACCCACCUCCAAGAAAGAGGAUGGUACCGAUCUCUACACUUUGCCCGCCAUCUACGACCCUUCUACAGGCGUAUACGUCGCCGACUCCUUCCCAAUCGCCCAAUACCUUGACAAAACGUACCCCGACACGCCACCAAUUUUCCCUCGCAACACGGUAGGCCUGCACCGCGCAUUCACACUCUCAUUCGCACAGCACAUUGAACCCCUCUGGGAUUUUAUCAUACCAUACACAUGCUUCAUGCUGAACCCGCGCAGCAGCGAGUAUUUCCGACGUACAAGGGAGGCGUCGUUUGGAAAAACGAUGGAAGAGCUUAUUCCCAAGGGAGACGGAGCGGUCGGGAAUUGGGACGUGCUCCGGGAAGGGUUUAGCAAGAUCGCGUAUGUAUACUCGUUCACGGAUGAUAUGGGGCCGUUCCUCAUGGGAGACGAGAUUACAUGGGGCGAUCUUUUGCUGUGUUCCUUCCUCUCGUGGAUGAAGAUCGUCUGGGGAGAGGACGACCAGAAGUGGAAGGAUGUUAUGAAAUGGGACGGUGGAAGAUGGGAACGACUGUUCAACGAUCUGCAGAAGUAUGCAGUUUAG